UGCAACUACCGCCAUUUUCCGAAUUUACAGAUUUUUAUCUUCAGUUUUUGUCGAAUUACUGACAAACAUGAGUUUAUCUUUGAGAGCCGACUUUGCACCAGAUAAGGGAAAAAGACGCAAGCGACGUGAACUUGCCGAGGAACAGAAACAGGAGAUUCGAGAGGCAUUUGAAUUAUUCGACACUGACAAAGAUCGGGCCAUUGACUAUCAUGAACUUAAGGUUGCGAUGAGAGCGUUGGGUUUCGAUGUAAAGAAGGCCGAUGUUUUAAAAGUUCUACGUGAUUACGACCGAGAGGCAUCGGGAAAGAUACAGUUUGAUGAUUUCAAUGAAGUCAUGACGGACAUGAUGUUGGAGAGAGAUCCUCAAGAGGAGAUUAUGAAAGCUUUCAAACUUUUCGACGAUGAUGACUCGGGGAAAAUCAGUCUUAGAAAUUUACGACGGGUAGCUAGGGAACUUGGUGAAAACAUGACUGAUGAAGAAUUACGGGCGAUGAUUGAUGAAUUUGACAGAGAUGGGGAUGGCGAAAUUAAUGAAGGCGAAUUCCUCUCCAUCAUGACCGGCGACACGUAAAGCACAGAGUCGUUACAGCCUAUUGGAUAAAUCAAUUUAAAUCUCAUGAACAAUAUUAGUAUUAUUAGAUAUUUCAUGUUUUUUUAUGUCAAAUUGGAUGAUUCAUUCUACAUAAGUCCUGAAGUAUAUGGUGAACCGUUUUAUUUUUGUGGAUUUCGUGAAAGAUUGAUUGGCAAAAAUAAAAAAUGGGGAAAAUAAAAUGGAGAAUUUUUUUAAAAUUUGUUAUUUAAAAAAUGGAAAGAUAUUUCGUAAUCCACCAAAAUAUCAAAAAUUUGGAAAAUUUAUACAUUUUUUUCAUUUUUUUUCAUAUUUCCAAUAACUUGUUGAAUUAAAAGCAUUUAGAUUGGAAGCUCCCUUAGCGGACACCUCUCUAUUAAGGACAAUCUCUCUAUCAAGGACACUUUUUUGUCCGAAAUUGGUUGCUACCCUUCAAUUUGACCUCUCUUAUCAGGACACCUCUCUAUUAAGGGCAGCUUUGUCAGUCCAAGCAGUGUUCAUAAUAGAGAGGUUCUACAGUAUUUGAGCUUUACCCUCAAGUCCAAGAAAUAGAUCUGUUUUAUGCUAAUCCAAUGUUGCUGGUUGACAACUGGAGGAGGAUUUGCUUUUGGAGAGGAUGUUCGGUUUGUGUUCAAUUCCAAAAUUUCAAAAACGUGUAGAGAUGGAUUCCUGUUUCUAGACAUUGGCCACCUCUAUUGAAUGAAUGUUGUAUUGAAAUAGCACUGAAUGCCAGAAUGGUUUGAUGUGUGAUGUGUUCAUAUGUGUACAUGUUGUUAUAAGUGUAUUGUAAUUUGUGUCUUACCAUGUUAAGGAAUUGAUACUGAACUUGGGGUUUUCGUUGUUACACCAAAUACCGCAAGAGAGCAAAAAUGUUGGCCAAGUGUUGUAGAAAUGAAAAUAUUCCAUUUUCUUUGGUACACAUUGUAUUGUACAGGCUGGUCACCGAUCCAAAGGUUGACCGCGCUCAACGUUGCCUGACUUCCACUCUGGGGCCAACGCGCCAACCACUGGGCCAUAAAGGAAUUCCCUCAUGGCUGGCGGGUUAAGCCGUGCCAUAUACCUGGGGGUACUAUACACAUAAAUGCCUUGGUUGAAAUUUCUCGGUUUUCUGUCACUCAGCCUGUGUCCAUGCACGAAAUACCUGAAAAUACAUUUGAAGAUAAAUUGUUCGGACUUACGGAUUAACAAUCUUGAGACAAAUUGAAUUUAUCUUUAGUGAUGUUAUCCGCAUUCCCAUUAGUUGUCUUGUAUUACAUUUGAUGGUGCUGGUUCGCCUCAUAUUUACCUGACCUCAUUAUGCCCGCAUGACGGGUAAUUUGCUGAACGUACUCAAAAUGCCACCAGUAGUUUGAGUAAUUAAUGAUUUCCUGCGACAAUUCAGACUAUGAGGAAAAAUCUCCUGAGAGAACCUGCUUUGUUGAAGCAAUAAUAUGACGAGAAAUCCCACCAAUUUUGUAAGAUGUCCAUAAUUUUGUCAGAUGUUCACUUAUUCAUCAUCUUUCUCACAUUUCAUUUUUGUACCCACUGCCACAAAAUAAAUGUUUUAUAAAUCAA